UAGAGUUUUGUAUGUGUGUGCACAAGACUCACUCUCCAACUGGCCGAUAACCCUAGUUCUGCCCUUGUUUUAACUGGAGUUGUGGCCUUGUGGUAGUACGCACUUGCACUGUCGAGCCGAAGCACCAGAUAUCCCGUGCUUGUCCAGCAUAGACACCUGAUUCCUCCUCCCCGGUCAAGUGGCGUGAAAACGUGCGCCACACGCAUGCGCGCUGCAGAGCCGCCCGCCCUCCUGUGAGGCCUUGGGUUUUAGCCAAUCCUCGACCGAGGGGUGCGCGCAAGCUCAGCUCUAGAAAAUGGCGGGGAAGAUGGAGCCUUUGAGCGUGGAGUCGCCGGACACUGUGGAGGAGACUGGAGGGCAGGACAAGUCUUUGAAGAAGACUGAAGAUUUGCUGGCAAUGGUGAAAAAGCUACAGAAAGAAGGAAGCCUGGAGCCACAGAUUGAGGAGCUGAUUAACCGGAUUAAUGAGCUUCAGCAAGGCCCAGCAAAGGAGGAAUCCGUGAAUGAAGAAAAAGUGCACCUGGAGGAGGUCUUGAGAAAAAAGCAAGAGGCACUGAGGAUCCUCCAGCUGUACUGCCAAAAGAAGGAAAGUGAGGAUCACAAGAAGCACAUGUUGCAGGAGUGCGUGGAGCAAAUUUCUGUCCAUAACUCUCAGAUCGCAGAGAAUUGCAAGCAGAGGAAGCUGGGGUUGGAUGUUGAAGAACAACUGGAGGAUCUGAUGGGCCAGCACAAGAACCUCUGGGAAUUCCACGUAGUGUUGCAGACCUGGGUUUUAAAUAGUGUGGUCAGAGAAGGUCUCAGUGGGGAAAUGAGCGAAGGAGCCAUGUGGGGAUCUGGGGGGAGGUACACCCGUAGGAAGACAGGCUCAUGUAAAGCCUGUGCAGUGGGACUGUGCUCAGUUGUGCCUGAGGAGCAUCUGGAGGAGGCCAGCAUGGAGGAGCAGAGUGAGAUGCAGAGGGAUGGGACACUGCUACAGAUAAGNCAGCCCCGGGCCCCGCCCCUGACGCCCCGCCCACCCGUAGGGAAGCUGGUGCGGGCCAAGCUGCAGGAGGUGGGGCUGCGGCUGCGCUCGGCGCCCGUCGGCGACACCCGGGCGGCGGGCGACCGGCUGAAGGAAGAACUGGAGAAAUUCGGGGAGCAAGUCCCCACCCAAACCCAGAGCGCCCCACAGGCCGGGGCCAGCAUAGGAGAGGUGGGGAACCCGGAGAACGAGGCGAAGCGGUCAGAGGAGACAAGAGAGACCGAGCAGGCCGGCCCCGAGCUCCCCGGAGGCCGCGACGAGGAGGACCUGGAGCCGCCGGUGGAGCUGGUCCUGACGGCCCCCUAG